AUGUAUGUGGCACAUAAUGAGGAAGCUAAGGUACCUGAAAAGGUUGGGACUGCUUUUUGUAAUGAAACUGAUUUCCUGAAAAAGCUAAGUGCAGUAGUUUGGGAUAGAGAGAUUGAUCCUCAUGUAUUUGUUGAUGGCUGGAAUAAUGUUAUGGAGGACUUUAACCUUGUUGAUCAUGAGUGGUUUGCAUACAUGUUUAAGAUUAAACAUCUUUGGAUUCCUGCAUAUUUUAGGGACUUAUUUAUGGGUGGGUUACUGCAUUCUACAUCUAGGUCUGAAGGUGAAAAUAAUUUCUUUUAUAAUUUUGCAAACCUUCAUGUGACCUGUGUUGAAUUCUUUGUCCGUUAUGAAACUGCUCUUGAUGCUCAAAGGCAUGAACAUAAUGAGUUGUACAGGCUUAAUAAACUUGAGCCUCAAUUGGUUACUAAUUUACACUUGGAAAAGCAUGCUGCUGUUGUUUAUACUUGUUCCAUAUUUUAUGAUUUUCAAGAAGAAUGCCAGGAAGCCUGUUUUUCAUGUGGUGUUGAAAGUUGUAGUUCUCUGUAUGGAGAUGCUGUGGAGUUUUCUGUUAUUGUUGAUCAUGAGAAAAGGAAAAAUUUUGAUGUAAAUUUUGACUUGGCAACAUAUGAGUCAAGUUGUACUUGUAGAAUGUUUGAGAGUCAAGGUGUUUUAUGUAGAUACAUUUUGUUUGUUAUGAAAGGCAAGUGUAUACGUGAAAUUCUUAAUGCUUAUAUCUUGAAUCGUUGGAGAAAAGAUGUUCUGAAGAAAGCUUCUGUAAUAGAUGUUGCUCUGGUUGAUGCUUCUAAGUAUGAUAAGAAGAAGCAAUUGGUCAGUGAUGUAUGGUCCAAGAUUUUCAUUUGUGUGAGUUUAACUGACCAAUCUGAGGAUGAUUUAUCUGAGCUUAUUAGGACAUUAUCUUCAUUUGAGGAGCAGAUGAUAUCAAAGAAUAAUCCUGAAAAUGCACCUAGUUCAAAAGAGGUGAAAGAUGCUGAUAUUCGGGUUUUGGUUGGGUCAAAUGAAGUUGAUGUAAAUGUCUUGCCUCCAAAUCAGUGUCUUAAUAAAGGUUCUGCCAGAAAUUCAAAGAGGUUGAAGAGUGCAAAAGAAAUACCUAGUGAAAAAAAAUCUAAAAAAGGCAGAACUUGUAGAGCUUGUGGGCAAUCUGGUAUUUUCCAUGACAGUAGAAACUAUCCAAACAAGUAG